AUGGAAUGUCGCAUCUUUCCUUCUCGGGCGGCGCGUAUCAUAUUCGCGAGUUUACACGCGCCGAAUAUAAUUAUGCACAGUUUAAACACUUACGGGCGUGCAUUUGGAUCGCCUUAUUUGUACCCGAAAUCUGGUAAUGCUGAAUUAUUCCCACAAUUGACAGAUGAAGAUCUUGGACUUAUAAGAUGUCCUGCAUUACUGGAUGACGGUCUCUUAGAGAAAAGAUAUAAAAACUGUAUGAUUGAAUUCCUUCACACUUCCACCUUCUCGCAGAACGUGUUGGCUGUUCAGUUGAAGAAACAUUAUUAUGAUGCUAUGAGAACAGGAGUACCGAAUGUGGAUGUACUGAUUAGUAGUAGC